GGGUUUUCUCUCCGAGCACACAGACCUCGAUCCAUCGGCCUUCUCGGCUCUCCCCUGAGAAAUUAAUCAAGUGGGUUGUCUGCUUUUCCCUGUUCUUCAUUAGGGUAUCCUUCAAUUCCCGAUUUCCCCAAAUUGAAAUUUGAUACUCUAGACAUCAGCGAUUCCGAUUGCUGAAGUAGAUCGAUUUAGGGAAAAAUGGCAGUAGCGGCGCUUGGGCAGCUCAAUUUCGAUGAAGUCCCCGGCGGAUGCAGAGACUUCGAUACCUUCGAGAAACUGCGACUUCUUGGCCAGGGCACUUAUGGCGAAGUUUCUCUGGCUAAAGAAAAAAGGACCGGAGAAAUUGUGGCUUUAAAGAAACUGAAGCUGGGAAAGGAGAAUUAUGAGAAGGAAGGCUUCCCCAUUACUGCAAUAAGAGAAAUCAAGAUCCUGAGUAAGCUUCGUCACGAAAAUGUGAUCAAGUUGAAGGAGAUUGUGACAUCUCCGGUGCGAAUUCCGGGUCAUGAUGCCGGUGACAUCUGUAUGGUGUUUGAAUACAUGGACCAUGACUUGACAGGCCUAGUUAAUCGGGUGAGAUUUUCAGUCCCACAGGUUAAGUGCUACAUGAGCCAACUCUUGAAGGGGCUUCACUACUGCCAUGCCAAUGGAGUGCUUCAUCGAGAUAUCAAAAGCUCGAAUCUUCUUAUAAACAAUGAAGGCAGUUUGAAGCUUGGAGAUUUUGGGCUUGCCCGGAAAGAUUAUCAAAAUGCCAAGCUUACCAACCAAGUUGUCACGCAUUGGUAUAGACCUCCAGAGUUGCUUCUUGGGGCUACCAAGUAUGGUCCCGCUGUUGAUAUGUGGUCUGCUGGAUGUAUCUUUGCUGAGCUUCUAUGCCACGGCCGGCCAAUUUUCGAUGGUAAAACAGAGGCUGAUGUUAUGAAAAAGAUUGUCGAGGUGUGUGGAGUUCCAGAUGAGGUCAACUGGCCUGGAGUUUCAGAGCUUCCUUUGUAUAACACAUUCUUGAAGGCAAUGAAACCUCAGCAGAGGCCUCUUAGGCCUCUUAGUGAGACUUUCAGACACUGUGACAGCCAUGCUUUGGAGUUGUUGGAGAAAUUGCUUACUCUUGAUCCUUCUAAGCGAAUAUCUGCCAAGGAUGCUCUAGAUGCUGACUACUUUUGGACUGAUCCAUUACCUUGUGAUCCGAAAAGUCUACCCAAAUAUGAGUCAUCACAUGAGCUUGAUAUACAAAAGCGUAAGCAGCAGCCAUUGCAAGAUGAGGAAAAUGCUGCAAAGCGUCAGAAACCGGUGCAGUACAAACAGCAACAUCCCCGCGGCAUUCCAACACCCAGUCAUCAGCAAUCUGGACAAGCAGAAGCCCGAGAGCAACCUUACCGGCCCAGCUAUCGUUCUCAGUCACCAGUUGCUGCAUGGUCUCGCCACCGCUAUGAGAGUAGGCCUCCUCGGCCCCCUCCUCGUCCUUCUGCUGGGGGGAGAAGAUGUUAUCAGAGUGAUCGUUCUGCUUCAGGUCGGGACUCAAACAUGAGGAGUCGAAGCCGCCAUCUGCGUUACUAGCUAUUAGAAGUGAUGCUUUUACCUAUUAACGAUGAGUGGGUGUGGCCUGAUAUCUAGAGUUGCUAUAGGUUUUACUUGGCAUGACUUGAAUUGUAUAUGUUUCCAUCUGUAAUUUACCCAAACUGUUCAAAU